AUGGCAUUCGUCACCACAGCAAGAAGUGCAAGUUCAAGGUUGUUCGAAUACGUAGCCACUGAAGAAUUGAACAGAUCAAUAACAUGCAAUAAGAUCCUUAGACAAAACAACGCGCCAUCUAGACACAACAACUACAAUAAUAAUAACAACAGCAACAACAAUACACGAAACAAUAAUAAUAACAACAUCAACAAUGAUGAUAACAUCAACUGCACCUCUGAAAGCAUCAGCAAAACUAGCGAAGCAACCUCACACAACAACAUUAAUACUUUCAUUAGCCUAACAGAUAGCCUCGAUUACAUCAACAUCUUCAUCGAAAUUGCUGUCAUCUGCAUCAAACAGUGUGCCUACAAAGUGGCCCUGGAAUAUCUGCAACAUGCUGAAAAGGCUGCAACGUCUGUGAAGAGGAUGGAGGCUCUACGUGAUGUACAUUAUAACAUGGCAGUGCUGUUGCACCAGGAACGUGAUUACAAACACGCUGCUAUAUAUGCAGAGAAAGCAUUGUUAUACGAAGAUAUAGAUGAAACCAGUUGGAUAAAAUGUGUGAUGUUGAUGAUAGUGAUUCUCGCAGAUGAUGACGAUGAUGAUGACUUCGAUUCCAUGGCUCAUUAUAAAAGGAUUUGUAAAGUGGAUUGUUUUAUCUCUGAUGCACUGGCUGUCUUGGAUGAUGAAAACCAAACAUCAACAAAAACAUCAACAACAACAUCAACAACAACAUCAACAACAAAGACAUUAAGAACAACAAGAAAACAUUACAAGUUGUUGUUGAUCGUUGAGCGGUGCAAGAACAAAUUCGAAAUGUUGAAAUACACGAAGGAUGACGAUAUAAUCCACGAGUUUAGGCAUCUCGUUCACAAUCUGGAAGAUAUAUCGGCCGAACUAACUUCAAUGAAUGAACUCAAGGAUGGCGUUAACGUUCUAUUGGCAGCAGCUGACAUGCUAAAUAAUAUAAUUACAUUAAUCGAGGAUAAUAAUAAUUGUAAUAAUAAUGGCAAUAAUAAUAAUUGUAAUUGUAAUUAUGGUAAUAAUAAUUUUUGGGGUUGUAGUGAUGGUGACCUUUAUCUGAAGCAUGAGAUUUUAAUUGAGCACAAAGGCUGCAGUAUAAUGAUAGAAAGAUCGCUAUGCCAGUUGAAGGUGAGGCAUGCGAGACUGCUUCUAGCCAUGUUCGAGCUUCACGUCAAUCGCUUGACUGUCGAAAAUUUUAAACUUAACAAGAAAAAUUCAUUAGAUAAGAUAUAUUACAUUUAUGGAAAGUGUUAUGCACUGUUAGCGUGUAAUGCCUGCUACGAGCAAGCUUCCGUCUGGGACGCUAACAUCAAGAUGGAUGCCGAGGCAUAUUCGUUUGACAAAUACGACAUUGGCAAAUACAAUAGAUACACUAGUUUCAUAAAAAAAUUGAAAAAACUCGGUAGCGAAAUAGCGUUGGAACUUGUUGAAUGCAUCGGACAGCAUGACUUAAUGCUAUCACAACAAUUUCUAUUGCUUUAUCAAAGUUAUGAAUCCAGUAUACAUCUGAGAAACCUGCUGACCGACUGCCUACCGAAACCAGCAAUCAGCCACUUAUCCUCGAUGUUCAAUCAGAUGAACCAACUUCUCAAUGAUUCCUUCGUCAGAAAUUCCACUAACUAUCCUCUAUACAAUCAUCUGCUGCAAGCUCUUAAUGCUAAUUUUCCUGCUGUUGGUAAACUCGAUGUCUCUUUGGAGCACUUAACAUAUGUUGCAAGUUUACCGACUGAGUUUCAAUACAUCGUAUUUGUCCAUAGUCCGCGAAGGAAUCACUUAUACGGAGCUGUAGUGCGGCAAACUAACUCGCAGUCCCAGCCGAUCCCAAAAAAAUCCAAAAUCUCGCAGACGAGUAAAAAAUCUGACGUCAACAUGAAGAGUAAGAGUUCAUCCAGUCAGAACAUCAAAAUAAAAGACGGCGAUGAGAAUGAUGAUGAGGACGACGACGACGAUGAUGUUUUCAGUAAGGGUGAUGAUGGGUGUGCCAACGGAAGUAAUAACGGAUUGGGAGUGUUCAAAAUGUCGAUAUGCCCAAAGAAAAUUUGCUACUUGGUUGAGAGGUGGUCGGGUUAUGUGAAAGAUCUGCAAGAGACAUUACUGAAGAGUGAGAUGAAGCUAUCAGCUUAUGACGUGCAUAGAAAGAAUUGUGAGAACAAAACUUUGUUAACGUUGAUAACAUAUAUAUUACGCAAUAGUAAAGAAGAUGAUGCAAGUAGGAGGGCAAUGAUUCUGCUUAUUGAUCCAUACUUGAUGCAGUUGCCCCUUGAAGCAUUACUGUGGUUCAGAGAGGACAGGGCAGUCAACUCGAUAGCCAGAGAUAUAUCGAUAAACAUGCUACGUAGCAGACUGAACAUGCUGAAAUCGACUCCUGGCAAGUCCGAUGAAACUUCGAGAAAAAGGUCAAAGAAAGAUUUAAAUAUAUCAUCUGCAAAGAACAGAGAGGCCAAAGCAGGGGCGGCAAAUAAGGCUGCCAUUGAGGGUAACGCUACAGUAAAAGUUGACGUAACGUCAUUUAAAUAUCUAAUCGAUCCGUUUAAUGAUACAUCCAGCGUAGUCGAAGACAGCCAGCCAUCAAAACUUUUUAGGGAUUUUAUGCUGAAGCUUAGUAGAACGCAGACGUCUCAAUGGACUGGCUAUUUAGGAGAACAACACGCGCCUAGUUUAAAAGAGAUGGAAAGAGUAAUAGCGAAGGAUGGAUCGAUGUUGAUGAUGCUAUGUGGAAAGUUUACUGACAUCUUAAGUCUCAAACAGCUUUCAGUUAUGAAUUUAUCAAAAAGUCCAAUCAUCGUGCUAUCUGAUCUGUGCCAAACUGGUGCGGGUUACAGCAGGCGGUUGAAUUUUGCUUGCGAUAGGAGUCUGAAGAUGUCGUGCCUCGAAAAUCCUUCAGCUAUUGCGAUGUUGCUGAGUCUUGCCGGCGUCUCGUGCAUCUUCCUCAACCAGAUGUACACUUCAACUGCUGACAACAACACUCGGUUCUUUGAAUUAUUGAAAGAUUUGUUUGAGAGCAACCUGAGCACGGGUGAAUGCAUGCAAAGAACGAUAAACAGGCAAGUAAGAUACGAACAGCCUGAGAGUGAGGAUAACAAAAUUGCAAACAACGAUAGGAAUCCAUUGAAAUCUACAAAGUCUAGAGAAAUCAAAAGUCCACUAAAGAAGAAAGUUGAUAAAGAAGAAAAUAAAACUGCAAUCAUCAAAGAUCCGAAAAGCGUUUUCGACAAAUUCAUAGUGAAAAACCUGACGCCGAAAAGAUUAUAUUUUAAUAUGAUUUGUUAUGGUCUGCCUAAUUAUACUAUAAAUAAAAAAUAAACGGUUGUGGUUUGGCUACCCGUAUAGCUCAAUAGACGCUUAAAAUAAAUUUUUUAUGUUACAAAUUGUAUUUGCUGCAAAACUUGAAAUAAAGAAAAAUUACUU